AUGAUUGAAAUUAAAAAUGAUUAUUUAGAUUUAUCUGAAAGUUAAAUUUUUAUGCUGAAAAACUAUAAGAACUGUCCUAGUCAUAAAAGAUUUUUAGUAUGUUUAAGAUUAGACGAUAUAAAUGACUCAAAUAUUAUGAAGUGCCAUAUAUGCUAAUAGAAAUAAUAAUUUAAAAGCUUUAUAAAUAUCGAAGAUUUACUCUAAUGUGAUGAUAAAACUAUUUUCGAAAGCUGGCCUAUAUAUGGGCAAGAUUAAUUAUAAAAAAAACUUGUUGAAACUAUUGAAUGGCAAUAUGAAUUAAAAUACAAAGAGAUCGAGUAAUUUUUCAUAGAUUUUGAAACUUAAGUUUACGAUUUGUUGUAAGCUAAGAAAAAAGAUAUUUUAAAGAAUCUGUAAUAAAUAGAUGAAAUAAAACAAUAGCCGAUUAAUUUUUACAAUUAAAUAUCCUAAAAAGAGAAACUUAAGGAUAUUAUAAAAACCUAGUAUGGUGAGUAACAAAAGCAGAAUCAAAUGAUUUUAGAUAUAAUAAAAGAAAAUGAGAUAAAUUUUGAAUCUAACUAAAAAUAAUUAGAAGAUUUUAUUUAAAAAUCAAAAUAAUAUAACCUUAAUCUUGCAAGCACUCAAAAAAUUAAGGAUCAAGUUAUUGCUUUAAUAAACAAAAUUAAUGCAACUGAAAUUUUUGAACAUUAGGAAAUUAUCGAAUAAUCUAAUGAUAUAAGUAGUAUAAUCAAAUUAUUUUAAAGCUUAAAAAAACUUAAAAUCACUUAAUUUAAAGAUUUAUACAAAUGCUCUAAUUUCCAAAAUAUAGAAAUAGAUUUUAGUGGUUAAAUUAUUCAACUUGAUAAAAUUAAGUAAAUUUCUUCAGCUUUGUAAAAAUGUCAAAACAUAGUUUGUUUAGCUUUAAAUCUGAGUGGAAAUAACCUUCAAGAUUAAGGAGCUAAAAAAAUUGUAUAGGCUAUUGAAUAUUUUGAGAAUAUCGAAGAUUUAACUCUGAACCUUUAAAAAAAUCAUAUUGAAGCGGAAGGAGCAAAAUAAAUUGGAAUAAUCUUGCAAAAUUUUCAGAAAAUUGUAAGUUUGAAACUAAAUUUUUCUGAAAAUUCUAUUUAGGUAGAUGGAGCAAAGAAUAUUGCAAACGCCAUAGGAAGAUAUCAACAUAUUACGAAUUUAACUCUAAAUCUUUAUGCAAAUAAUAUUCAAGCAGAGGGAGCAAAGUAGAUUGCCUAAGCUAUUUAGAAAUGCCAUAAGAUAACUCAUUUAAAUUUAGAUCUUGACCUAAAUAACAUUUAAAUUGAGGGAGCUAAAUAAAUUGGCUAUGCUUUACAAGCAUGCUAGAAUAUAAUUAGCCUAUCCCUUUAUUUAAGUGCAAAUAGCAUACAAGUUGAAGGAACCAAAUAAAUUGCAAAAUUUUUAGAAAAAUGCUCGAAAAUAAAAGAUUUAACACUAAACCUUUCAGGCAAUCAUAUCUAAUCUGAAGGAGCUAAAUAUAUUGCACAAGUUUUUUAAAAAUUUCAACAAAAUAUAACAAAAUUAGAUUUAAAUCUUUAUGCAAAUAACAUUCAAGCAGAGGGCGUUAAAUAAAUUUGUUAGGCGUUAGAAAAAUGUACGAAUAUAACUAAUUUAACCCUUGACUUUUCUGCAAAUAACAUUCAUUAAGAAGGAGCAAAAUAAAUAGCAUUGUUUUUAUAAAAAUAACAAUAUAUUAAAAAUUUGACUCUUCACCUUUAUCUCAAUAAUAUUCAAUAAGAAGGAGCUAAAUAAAUUGGAUAAACCUUAAAAUAUUGCUAAAAUUUAACUAAUUUAAUAUUAGGUUUCAAAGGAAAUUAAAUAUCAGAAGAGUAUUAGAAGGAAAUUUUAUAUUAACUAUAAAAUAAUCUUAAAAAUAUUAAAGAAUUGGAAAUAAAAUGA